CCGUCCCUGGAGAGACACUUCAGAGGCCACAGAGAUGCUGUCACUAGUGUGGACUUCAGUCUCAAUAAGAAACAAUUGGCAAGUGGCUCGAUGGAUUCUUGCAUGAUGAUCUGGAGUAUGAAACCUCAGAUAAGAGCCUAUCGCUUCGUGGGCCACAAAGAUGCUGUGAUGUGUGUUCAGUUCUCACCUUCUGGUCACCUGGUGGCUUCAGGCUCUAGGGACAAAACAGUCCGUUUGUGGGUUCCCAACAUCAAAGGAGAAUCAAUUGUGUUCAAGGCUCACACGGCAACCGUAAGGAGCGUUCAUUUCUCCAGCGAUGGCCAGUCCUUAGUUACAGCUUCUGAUGACAAAACAGUCAAAGUGUGGACCGUUCACAGGCAGAAGUUUCUAUUCUCACUUAGCCAACACAUAAACUGGGUUCGCUGUGCCAGAUUUUCUCCUGAUGGACGAUUGAUAGUGUCAGCCAGUGAUGAUAAAACAGUCAAACUGUGGGAUAAAACCAGCAGAGAAUGUAUACACUCGUUCUGUGAGAAUGGUGGGUUUGUGAACCAUGUGGAUUUUCAUCCCAGUGGUACCUGCAUUGCUGCAGCUGGCGCAGAUAACACAGUGAAGGUGUGGGAUGUUAGGAUGAAUAGACUUCUUCAGCAUUAUCAAGUGCAUAGUGCUGUGGUAAACAGUCUUUCCUUUCACCCCUCGGGAAACUACCUGGUUACUGCUUCCAAUGAUUCAACUCUCAAAAUUCUGGACUUGCUAGAAGGAAGACUUCUGUAUACUCUUCAUGGUCACCAGGGACCAGCUACCUGUGUAGCAUUUUCAAGAGCUGGAGACUUAUUUGCCUCUGGAGGUUCUGAUGAACAGGUAAUGGUGUGGAAGACUAACUUUGAUUCAGCAGAUUAUGGUGAUGUACUGAAAACACAGAAGUCUGGCACUAGCGUGGAUGGGACCCGUCACACUCUGCAAUCAGAAAUGGAUUGUGGUGUUCAUCUUAAGAAAACAAAAACUCAGGAUUCUGGUAGGAACCACCAACAGCAACCGGAGGAGAUCUCUCUCACAAAUACCUUGGAGCAUAUUAUGGCACAGCUGGAUGUUCUGACUCGGACAGUUUCCAUCCUGGAGCAGAGGCUGACACUCACUGAAGACAAGCUGAAGGAAUGUCUUGAGAAUCAGCAGAAAAUUGUUCAGAACAAAAUGAGCUGA